CUACUUCCGCUGACGUCAGGAGUCAGAGGUGCCGAGAAAGAUGUCGGCUGGCCGGCGCCGUUGGGCGGUUGUGUGGGGAGUGUCUCCGUGACAGGCGCUCGACGGAGACGACGGACGAGCCGAGUCCCCAGAGCGAGUGUGAAGGGCGGCCGCGGCGGAUCGAGCAGGGCCGGGCGUGGUGCCCACGGCGCCCCCGUCGCGGGCCGUGACUUUCGGGAGCGUGCGGGAACGGGGAGCGUCGGGUGCCCAAGGCCGGUGAUGCCCCGCCGCCGCCCGGGAGGCCGGGAAGCCGAGCUCCGCGGGGCCCCUUUAUGCCGCCGACUGGCUCUGACCCCGCCAGAAUGAACAGGAAGAAAGGAGACAAGGGCUUUGAAAGCCCACGGCCGUAUAAAUUAACCCAUCAGGUCGUCUGCAUCAACAACAUAAACUUCCAGAGAAAAUCUGUUGUGGGAUUUGUGGAACUGACUAUAUUUCCCACGGUUGCAAACUUAAAUAGAAUCAAGCUGAACAGCAAGCAAUGUAGGAUAUACCGCGUGAGGGUCAACGACUUGGAAGCUGCCUUCAUUUAUAAUGACCCGACCCUGGAAGUUUGUCACAGUGAAUCGAAGCAGAGAAAUCUCAAUUACUUUUCCAAUGCUUACGCGGCUGCGGUUAGUGCUGUGGAUCCUGAUGCAGGGAAUGGGGAGCUGUGCAUUAAGGUUCCGUCAGAGUUGUGGAAACACGUCGAUGAGUUAAAGGUCCUAAAGAUACACAUCAAUUUUUCUUUGGAUCAGCCAAAAGGAGGUCUGCAUUUUGUGGUACCCAGUGUAGAGGGAAGCAUGGCAGAGAGAGGUGCUCAUGUGUUCUCUUGUGGGUAUCAAAAUUCCACAAGAUUUUGGUUCCCAUGUGUUGAUUCAUACUCUGAAUUAUGCACAUGGAAGUUAGAGUUUACAGUGGAUGCCGCCAUGGUGGCGGUUUCCAAUGGAGAUUUGGUGGAGACCGUGUAUACCCAUGACAUGAGGAAAAAGACCUUCCAUUACAUGCUUACCAUUCCAACAUCUGCAUCAAACAUCUCCUUGGCCAUUGGACCUUUUGAAAUCCUCGUAGAUCCAUAUAUGCAUGAGGUUACUCAUUUUUGUUUACCUCAACUUCUUCCAUUGCUUAAACAUACCACAUCAUAUCUUCAUGAAGUUUUUGAAUUUUAUGAAGAAAUUCUUACAUGUCGAUACCCAUAUUCCUGUUUUAAGACUGUAUUCAUUGAUGAAGCUUAUGUUGAAGUGGCUGCUUAUGCUUCCAUGAGCAUUUUUAGCACGAAUCUGCUACACAGUGCUAUGAUUAUAGAUGAGACACCUUUGACCAGAAGGUGUUUAGCCCAGUCUUUGGCCCAGCAGUUUUUUGGAUGUUUCAUAUCCAGAAUGUCUUGGUCUGAUGAAUGGGUAUUGAAAGGAAUUUCUGGUUAUAUUUAUGGUCUUUGGAUGAAAAAAACUUUUGGUGUUAAUGAAUACCGCCACUGGAUUAAAGAGGAGCUGGACAAAAUAGUGGCGUAUGAACUAAAAACUGGUGGAGUUUUAUUACAUCCUAUAUUUGGUGGAGGAAAAGAGAAGGAUAAUCCAGCGUCCCAUCUACACUUCUCCAUAAAGCAUCCACAUACGCUCUCCUGGGAAUACUACACUAUGUUUCAGUGUAAAGCUCACCUUGUGAUGAGAUUGAUUGAAAAUAGGAUCAGUAUGGAAUUUAUGUUACAAGUUUUCAAUAAACUGCUAAGUUUGGCUAGUACUGCUUCAUCUCAGAAGUUCCAGUCACAUAUGUGGAGUCAAAUGUUGGUUUCCACAUCUGGAUUUUUGAAAUCCAUCUCAAACGUCUCUGGCAAAGACAUCCAGCCUUUAAUAAAGCAGUGGGUAGACCAGAGUGGAGUGGUAAAAUUUUAUGGAAGUUUUGCCUUUAAUAGAAAGCGAAAUGUCUUGGAACUGGAAAUAAAACAAGAUUAUACAUCUCCUGGAACCCAGAAAUAUGUGGGACCACUUAAAGUGACAGUACAGGAAUUAGAUGGAUCCUUCAAUCAUACAUUGCAAAUUGAAGAAAACAGUCUUAAACAUGACAUACCUUGCCAUUCCAAAAGCAGAAGGAAUAAGAAGAAAAAAAUUCCACUGAUGAAUGGUGAAGAAGUUGACAUGGAUCUUUCUGCGAUGGAUGCCGACUCCCCUCUGCUGUGGAUCCGGAUCGACCCGGACAUGGCGGUGCUGCGGAAGGUGGACUCUGAGCAGGCGGACUUCAUGUGGCAGUACCAGCUCCGCUACGAGCGGGACGUGGUCGCGCAGCAGGAGGCCAUCUCGGCCCUGGAGAGGUUCCCCACCCCAGCGUCCCGGCUCGCCCUCACGGACGUCCUGGAGCAGGAGCAGUGCUUCUACCGAGUGCGGAUGGCCGCCUGCUUCUGCCUCGCAAAGAUUGCAAAUUCAAUGGUGAGCACGUGGACAGGACCACCAGCUAUGAAGUCGCUCUUUACUAGGAUGUUUUGUUGUAAAACUUGUCCAAACAUUGUGAAAACAAACAACUUUAUGAGCUUUCAAAGUUACUUUCUACAGAAGACUAUGCCAGUUGCAAUGGCCUUAUUGAGAGAUGUUCACAACCUUUGUCCCAAAGAAGUCUUAACAUUUAUUUUAGACCUAAUCAAGUACAAUGACAACAGAAAAAAUAAGUUUUCAGAUAACUAUUAUCGUGCAGAGAUGAUUGAUGCCCUUGCCAACUCUGUUACGCCGGCAGUCAGUGUGAAUAAUGAAGUUCGAACUUUGGAUAACUUACAUCCGGACGUGCGGCUCAUUCUUGAAGAAAUCACUAGGUUUUUGAACAUGGAAAAGCUUCUUCCAAGUUACAGGCACACCAUCACUGUCAGUUGUUUGAGAGCCAUACGAGUGCUUCAGAAGAACGGACAUGUGCCCAGUGAUCCAUCUCUUUUUAAAUCUUACGCAGAAUAUGGCCACUUUGUGGACAUUAGGGUAGCAGCUUUGGAAGCGGUGGUUGAUUACACUAAAGUGGACAGGAGUUAUGAAGAACUGCAGUGGCUACUUACCAUGGUUCAGAAUGACCCUGUACCCUAUGUAAGACAUAAAAUUCUAAAUAUGUUGACUAAAAACCCACCCUUUACUAAGAGCAUGGAGUCUCCCUUAUGCAACGAAGCGUUGGUAGAUCAACUUUGGAAACUUAUGAAUUCUGGCACGUCACACGACUGGAGGUUGCGGUGUGGCGCUGUGGACUUGUACUUCACACUUUUUGGCCUCAGUAGACCUUCCUGUUUACCCUUGCCAGAACUUGGCUUGGUCCUUAAUUUGAAAGAGAAAAAAGCUGUCUUGAAUCCAACCAUCAUUCCAGAGGCCAUAGCAAGCAACCAAGAAGCUGCAGUGAAUCCAAGUAGUCACGCACAGCUAGUUGGAUUUCAGAACCCUGAAGAUGAUCACCUUGCCAAGGAAGCCUCAUGUAAUAUGUCAGCUCAUCAGCAGGGAGUGAAGAGGAAGGCUGACACACCACUGGGGUCCCCACUAGAGCCUGGUCAGAUACUGGAGAAGAAUGAGGAUAGCAGUAAAGUCACACUCAAAAUCAGAUUUUCAAGUUCUCAAGACGAGGAAGAGAUUGACAUGGAUACUGUUCAUGAUAGCCAGGCAUUCAUCUCCCAUCAUUUAAACAUGCUGGAAAGGCCGUCAACUCCAGGGCUCUCCAAAUAUCGGCCAGCUAACGCGCGAUGUGCUCUGCUGCCCCAGCACUCAGCAGGCUGUGACGGUGCGCCCACCACGAAGCCCCAGUGGGGCACGGAGCUCCCACGGAAGGCGGCAGGAAUUCAUUUGAGUGUUUCUCACCUUGAAGGUAAAGAGCAGCCCCCUCUGGAGAUGAGUGUGCACGCGGCCGCGGCCGCCCCGCUGUCGGGGCUCGGCAAGGAGCCGGCGUCCUCCAAGCACAGCGAGCACCACCACCACCACCACCACGAGCACAAGAAGAAGAAGAAGAAGCACAAGCACAAGCACAAGCACAAGCACAAGCGGGACGGCCGGGAGCGCGGCCGGGGCCCGCUCGCCUUCCCCAGCCCCGCCGGCGGCAGGUCCGCGCGCUCCCCGUCCCUGUCAGACUGAGCCGGGCCGGGGACCGUGUGCCCUGCGUGCAGAACGGCAUACAGAACCAGCACUUCGUCAGCUGGGAGGAUGACAGAAAGAAAGAAAAAGUCACCAAGUUCUAAACAUUUGAUUUAUAUUAUUUAUACAAUUGAAACCUAAUUAGGAAAAUGUGUUUUCUCGUCCUGAGUAAACCAUCUCAUCCGGUUUCUUCCUGGAAACACACACACACAGAGCAGACGCUUCAUCAGGCCCUCAUAUGCACGGGCAGCCCCCAUCACAUCAUGGUCUCCAUGUGUACUGCCUAAGUCAAUUAUGUUUUAAAGCCUUUGAUUGAUACUAGGGUACAAAGUUAUGUUUUAAACAGAAGCUACUGCCAAACCUGUGGUAAAACCACUAUUUCCAGUGAAAUAUUGCGUAGCACCAUUUGGAACUCCUGAAGGCUAGAGGCUUUUCUAGAGGGCUCUUCUAUUGCAUGUUUUUGUGUGUAUCUGUUAACCGUAGAAACUAAUGCUGAAGUUUUCAGAGGCAGCUUAAAAAAAAAAAAAAAAGGCUUUUUUGAUAGCACAUUUGGUCAUUAUGUUGUUGGAAUUUAACAGAACUACCAAAUCCACAGUUCUCAAAUCAAGAUGUUUAAAUUAUAACUUCCUUUUUGUCAUUAAGUAUAAGUGAAUACAUUCAUAUGUAGAACAUGUUUACCAAAUGUGCAUAAUUAAUACACCCAAUACAUAUUCUAAAAUUAUUUCUCUAAGGAUGGUACCUUAAAAAGGUGUUUAUAUGCUGUUCAUAAGCGUAAAUGUAGACAUUUUGACCCUCAGCGUGAGUAUACCAGGAGUAUUUAAAAACAUACAAAACAUUUUGGUUUGACACUUCAAUAGUUUGUAUAUUUGUGUGUGUUUUUUUUAUUUCUAAAUUUACCAUGUGCUUUUUAUUGUUUGCCUAAAAAUGUUACUGUUCUAUUUUUAUCAUUUCCCUUAUCAUUUAGAAAGUUUGACAGAAUACUUCUUCCCAGAAUAGAUGUUUCAAAGGGAUUUGGUAAUAUUGGACUUUUAAAUAUACUUGUUUAAUAAAUAACUUUUUAAAUUGA